GUAUAAAUAGUACAGCCUGCAACCCAGCGUGAGCACUGGAAGCUUGCACUCCUGGCACACCUGGAUCGAUCCACUCACAGAAAGGUGUCCACCCAGCGGAUGCCAUGAGACUCCACAGCCUCAUCCUGUUCUCCUUCCUUCUCCUGGCUGCUCAGGUGCUCUCAGAAAAGGUCAGAAAGAGAGCCAAGAAUGCACCACACAGCUCAACGGAGGAGGGUACAGAGGGUACAUCUCCCUCCUUGGGGAAGGGCCAGAAUAAGCAGAGGAGCAGGACAUCCAAAUCUAUGACCCAUGGCAAGUUUGUCACCAAAGACCAAGCCACAUGCAGAUGGGCCGUGACUGAGGAGGAGCUGGGCAUCAGCCUGAACGUCCAGUGCACACAAGCCGAUCAGGAGUUUUCUUGUGUUUUUGCUGGUGAUCCAACCAGCUGCCUUAAGCACGACAAAGACCAGACCUACUGGAAACAAGUCGCCCGCACACUGCGCAAACAGAAGAAUAUCUGUAGGAACGCCAAGAGUGUCCUGAAGACCAGAGUGUGCAGAAAGAAAUUUCCAGAGUCUAACCUCAAGCUAGUAAACCCCAGUGCACAUGGGAACAUGAAACCCAGGAAGGAGAAAGCAGAGGUCUCCUCAAAGGAACACAAGGUCCAAGAAGCUGUCUCCACGGAGCCAAACAAGGCCAAAGAGGACAUCACCCCCAGUCCAGCUGUGACUGGAACUGUGACCACCGAAGAUCCAGAGUGUCUAGAGGACCCAGAUAUGCUCAACCAGAGGAAGACUGCCCUGGAGUUCUGUGGGGAAUCUUGGAGCUCCUUCUGCACGUUCUUCCUCAAUAUGUUACAGGCUACAGCGUGCUAAGGAAGUCGGAGGGAGCAGCCUAAGACACGUGGUAUCAGAGCCUCGCUGUCUGCUGAAAUCUCCCAGAGUUCCCCACAAGAUACAAACAUUUCCAAUAUGGGAACAAAAUGAAGUAUUUAAACAGAUUUUGUAAAUUUUGGUUUUGUGUUUUAGAAUUCGCUUUGUUAUUUUUUUUCACAUCCUUGGAUGUCCUUUUCAGAGACUGUUUACCUCAACGUAUUCUUCCAUGGACCACAAACCUAAGUGCAUAUAAGUAAUGGAUAAAUCCAAGAGAUAAUGUCCAGGCAAGGAAUUGUUGGCUGUAUUUACCAGGAUAAUAAAGUUCUGGGGAUUCUCAGAAAUACCAC